GGAAGCCAGUCGUAGCUCGACCAGCACCGCCAGCACAUCGACGUCCUAAGGAGACUCGUUCCUCUGGUCACAUAGAUCUCACCCCAAGUCACUUUUUGUGUUUGUUAUCGUAUUUUUUCCCUCCGUCUCGUCGAAAAGAAUCACCAUGCAGACUGCUGUGGUAUUGCUCUCCUGCCUCGCCUACGUCAGCGCUAUCCCAGUGCUGUUUCUCACUUAUUCAGGGAGAUCGUCACCACUGACAACUUUUCUUGAGUGCCCCUUCCCUGUACCCUAUGUGGACAAAGCUACCUCAAAGAUCACGUACAAGUGCCCUCGUAACGUCGAGAUCAUCGAAGCCGUGAACACCCGCAGAGGAGGCGAGGCCAUCGAGGUCAUCGAGAUCGACGACCUGGAGUCCUCUGCCCUGAACGACGGCGCCCAGGUGGUCGUCGUGAAGCCCCUGCAGCCCACGGAGCUCGAGAACCCCGGACAGGGCAUUUACACGAGUCCCUCCGAAUGCAAGGACAACGAAGUGUACAAUCCCGAAAUUGAUGCGUGCCUGCCCGUCAUCCCCGUCACCCCCCCUGAGUCUGGCAAGCCCAACAAGCCCAACAAGCCUAACAAGCCCAACAAGCCCAAGCCAAACAAGCCCAACAAGCCCAACAAGCCCCUCGAGAAGGAGGAGGAGCGCCCCGUCGUGAUCGCAGUCGGCAAGGAGAAGCGACCAAGGUGUCCCGAGGGCGAGAUCUACCUGUCGGAGCUCGACAUCUGCGUCUGCUACCCCGAGGAGAACUGCGAGGACUAAAUACCCGGAAUACCAGAUGCGUGUGCGCGCGCGAGAUGCAUGUGCGUAUGUGGGUCGGGGAUAGGCGCUCGCGGGAGACGCACAUGGACGUGGUCGUGUCUGUGUGGGUUUGACGUGAGGGUUUGAAGACUCGCAUACACGCAUGGGUGUCUGUGCGUACGUGGGUUUGAACGCUUGGAGACAUGUGUACGUGUAUGCGUUUAUGUGAACGUAUACGCGUAUGUGGAUCAAACAUACGGACAUGAAUGGACGGUGAAAACACUUAUGUAUGCAGAUAACCAUAUGAACGUGAAUACAUACAUGUACAUACAUGAAGACAUAACCGUACAUAGAUACACGAGAGUUUAUGAACACAUGUACUUACAUGAAUACAAAUACACGAAGAGAGAAACACAGAUCCCGUACACAUACACACCUACCCAUCCAGGCACUGUGAUGUAGACACGCACACACACACGCACACAAACGCACAUAGAUUCCAGAAGGCUGUUCGGAGAGCUGGUGAACGUAUUUUAUAUGAUCUGUAUAUGAGAAUCUAACAGUAUAGCAGUCAUGUAAAUACAGCUAACUUAAUUUAAUUUUUAUUUACAUUUGCCAGUGUCCAGAUCUGGGUUCUGGCAGCAAGACUUCGGUAGCUUUAAGUAGUUUUUACAAAGCUUGUGACAAAUUUUUGGUAAUGCAAAAAAAGAUUUUUAUAUGCACUUUAUAUUCGCAAAGUAGAUGUCAUAUGACUUUUAUAUAUAUAUUUGAUAGUACAAAACCUGUCUUCCCUUUUUUUCUUUUGGUCAUACAGAUAACUUUUCCAGAAUAAAUGAUGUGCACAAAA